GUGUGUAAAUAUUACCAUUUUGUGGUUUUGUUAGGUUCUGAAAGAAACUGUAACCUCAGUUUUUUUUUUUUUCCUUUUGUAUCCUGUACUUUUUGGUUGUGACAUUUUUAUUACUGUUUAUUAUUAUUUUUAUUGUUGAAAUGCAAACAUUUGUUAAACUGUCAAACAACCUUUAUUGUGCAAAAGUGAUUGCACUCAGCAGAUUGCAGUUCUGAUUAAUGCUCAUUGCUCUCAUUUCAAAACAGGAAGCAGUCAGCCUGUGAGUUUCUCACUUAAAACUCAAGUUGAUAGAAAGGGGAAUUAUCCUGCAGUUCCAUGCCAGUUUGUAAACAGAACUACAAAGGAGAAGAUCACCACAAACAGAACGGCCUCGUCCACAACCCCGAAGUCAAGAACAUGCUAGAUCCCGCCUGCACACUGCACGCUGGCCUUUUCCUGAUCAUUGCUUUCACAGAUGUUGGCAGCUGCUCUCCACAUUCACCUCCGAUCAUUAGAGCAUCUAAAGGAAGCAGCACCCUGUUGCCCUGCGCCGUCCCUACAAACAAUAACUCGAGGAUGGUCAGGGUUCAGUGGAGCAGAGGAGAACGCAAGAGUCCUUUCUGUAAAUACACUGUUGAAAGCAACACUAUUACCCAAAAUGAAUGCGAGAGUCGAAUGGAGGUGAUAUGGCAAAGCCACCAUCUGAAAAUCAAAGAUCUCACAAUCGGUGACAGCGGUAUUUACAGCUGUGUAGCUAUUAGUCUUAUACCCCCACCUUCAAUAGAAAACCGAAGUGAACUGACUCUUCUUGUCGAGGGUAUGAAGCUGGAAUUGUUUCCCUUGUCUUCCAACAAGUCUCUGGACUGCAUACAGCUGGUCUGCAGCCUAGCUGGCUUCUAUCCACCCGGAGUCAAUGUUACCUGGAGUAAACAGGGGGAGACACUUUCCGAUACCCUGCUUACAAACAGCAGCUUGUACCCCUUGAGAAGCACCCUGAGCCUCUGCAAACCCAACUGGAACGAGGGAGACGUGAUCUCCUGUCACGUGAACAGCACAGUCACAGCUCAGCCUAUCAUUCAUAACAUCACCAUUACUUUCCAUGGAGCUGAGCAGUGCUGCACCCUGAGCUGGAUCACAAUCAUAGUCACGUGUGUCUGUCUGUCUGCAGCGAUCACACUGGGGAUCAGCAUGUUAGUCAAAUAUCGGAAAGGUACCUGUGUGAGGUCACGCCACAAUGAAGGGACUGUGUUGAAUAACCUUGUAUAUGAAAACCUGCAGUUCAGCACAGCAAAUGAAGGCCACAGUAAAACCAGCGCAAGCAGCUGUAUCUACGACAAUUAGCAGCACUUAGUAGAGACCAAGUGGUGUGAUUUACUUUCACUUUGAGGUACAUAUUGAUUCAAAAGACAACAUGAUGUGUAUGAAAUAAUUCUGAAUUUUAGAUAUUGUGUUAAAAUAAACAACUAUACCAGUAAUGUACCACACUUGCUGUUGUUGAUUUGAAAUGAAUGUAUUGGAGCUGUUUAUUGAAGUCAUUAUGUAUGUAUGUAUGUAUGUAUGUAAGUAUAUAUGUAAAUAGUAAAAUAAACAUAACAUGAAUGA